AUGACAGCAACUGGAGAUGAAAUUGCCAUAGUGGGGAUAGGAUGCAAUUUUCCCGGAGGUGAAGGAAUCGACAAUUUCUGGCAAGUACUAGUGGAGGGAAGAAACUGUACCGUAGAAAUAACCCCAGAAAGAUUCAAUACCAGAGAAUGGUAUGAUCCAGAUGAUACCAAACCAGGAAAAAUAUGCACGACGCGAGCUGCACUUAUUGAUGGAUUUAACACAUUUGACAACAAGCUGUUUGGAAUUAGUGAUGUGGAAGCUGAGCGCAUGGAUCCUCAACAAAAGUUACUCCUGGAAUGCACGUACAGAGCACUGGAGGAUGCAGGAGUCACAAUGGAACAUGUCAGUGGCAGCAAAACAGGGGUUUUUGUUGGUCUUAUGAAUCGAGACUAUGAGAUCAUAUCAAGCAGAGCUGUAACUGAAAUAAAUCAUUAUGAUGGAACUGGGGUAGCAGUAAGCAUAGCUGCUAACAGGAUUUCAUACACUUUUAAUCUGACUGGACCAUCACUUUCCAUUGAUACUGCCUGCUCAUCAUUUCUUUUUGCUUUGCAUUAUGCCUCGCAAGCAGUCAAACAAGGAGACUGUGAAGCGGCUCUGUGUGGAGGAGUGAACUGCAUUAUAGAUCCCCGCACCUUCGUAUCUCUGAGUAAAGCAAAAAUGAUCUCUCCCGAGGGGAUGAGUAUGCCCUUUACUAAAAAGGCAAAUGGUUACGGAAGGGGAGAAGGCUGUGGCGUUCUUUUACUGAAGCCACUAAAAAAGGCACUAGAAGACUAUAACAGAAUAUGGGGAGUUAUAAACAUCAGUGCAAUAAAUCAGAGUGGAAGAUCUGUGACUCCAAUCACAAGACCAUCUCAGACAGCACAGGAAAAGUUACUACGUGGCAUUUAUCUGACUCAUGUUGACCCAUCAGUUGUGCAGUAUGUUGAAGCACACGGCACAGGAACUCCUGCUGGAGAUCCUACAGAAGCAGAGAGCCUAGGUAGCAUCAUUGGUAAUAACAGAUCUCCUAAAAUGCCUGUUCUAAAGAUCGGUUCUGUUAAAGGGAAUGUUGGCCAUGCUGAAUCAGCUGCUGGCGCAGCUGCAUUAAUUAAAGUUCUUUUAAUGAUGCACCAUGAAAUGAUUGUUCCAUCUUUGCACUACAGAGAGGAUAUUAGUAGCAUAAAUACGGAGAAAUUAAAACUAUCAAUUCCAACAAGAGUAGAGAAAUGGGAAGAGUCGAGAGAAUUUGGAAGAGUAGCUGGUGUCAACUGUUUUGGAUUUGGGGGAACCAAUGCCCAUGUUGUUGUCAGACAGUUCAAGCAAACACAGGUUCUUCCAUCUUUUAAACGACCGAUUGAAUUAUUUGUACUCUCUGUGGCUUCAAGCAAAUCCCUCAAAUUGACAAUGGAAGACACAGCUGAGCAGUUAAACAUAAGCAACUCAGUAACUCUCCCAAAUCUGGCCUAUACAUCUGCCUGUAGAAGAAGCCAUGUUAAUUACAAGUACAGAAAAACAUUUGUUACAAACUCUCUUCGACAUUUACAGCAACAAGUUGCAUUAGCAGCUAAAACAGAAAUAACUCCGUCAAAGAUGACUCCACAACUAGUUUUUGUCUUCUGUGCUAAUGGAGUCAAUUUCAAAGGGAUCUGCAAGACAUUAUUGAGUUCAGAGCCAGUAUUCAGAGAUAAAUGUAAAGAAAUAGAAAUGUUAUUUCAGCAAUACGUACCCAUCAGCCUCCUGGGAUUAACAGAAAGUGAAUGUGAGGAUUUCUCCAGGCCAGAAAUUGCCCAGCCAUUGCUUUUUACUCUCCAGGUUGCCUUAACUUCUCUUCUGAAACACUGGGGAAUUAAGCCCGUGGCUGCUGUUGGCCAUUCAGUUGGAGAAGUUGCUGCCGCCCAUUGUGGAGGGUUUCUUUCCCUUGAAGAUGCUGUCAAAGUAAUUUAUCACAGAAGUAGGUUACAGGCGAAGGUUACCGGAGGCAGAAUGUUGGUAGUUGGUAACAUCCCUGUUCAAGAGUUAUCAGAAGCCCUUGUCCCGUAUUCUGGGAAGGUGUGCAUUGCAGCUUUUAACAGCCCUUCUUCCUGUACCUUGUCUGGAGAUGCAGACUCUGUGAGUGCCCUUCAGAAAGAACUAGCUCAAGUGUUCAGCAAGAGAGACAUAUUUCUUCGUGUUUUACAUGUCCCAGCUGCAUACCACAGCCACAUGAUGGAUCCAAUAAUAAAGGAGAUGGUGGAGCAUUUACAGUAUUUGGAAAAACAGAAGCCGGAAAGUGAAGUGAUUUCAACACUGACUGGGAAGGCUGCUUCUGUAGAUGAUUUCACUACGGGCAAGUUCUGGGCCCGACAUGCUCGGGAUCCUGUUGCUUUCACACAGGCCAUAGUGACUUCAGCUAAAGAAAAGGACAAUGUUGUGUUUGUUGAAAUAGGCCCAGAAAGAGCAUUACAGAGGUACAUAAUAGAAACGCUAGGCAAAGAAACUAGAGUUUUGUCCUCCUUGCAAACUGAUAAAGAAUAUCAGACUCUUCUUAGUCUUGCAGGGAAUCUGUUUGAACUGGGAUAUAAUCCUGACUGGCAUCACUUUUAUGAAGGGUAUCAAAGUAUUCCAGCAGCCUUUCCCAGGUACCAGUUUGAUCGUAAGAAGCUAAUGACCUAUUUGGACAUCCAUCAGCAAGCAAAUCGAAGAGCUGUAAAUUCAAAUCAUCCUUUGAUUUACAGUUUGAACAACGAGAACACCAAAUUCAACUGCCCAGUUUCCCAGGCAUCAGCACCCUAUUUGUAUGAGCACAAGAACAAUGGUGUUGCUUUAGUUCCAGGUGCAUUUUUUGCAGAGCUCGGUUUGGCAUCUAUGAUGAGUAGUUUGAGGCCGAAAGUGCCUUUAAGUACUUGUCAGAUUAGUAUCAAUUUUUUGGCACCAUGUGUUUUAAACCAGAAUUCCCAUGACUUAAAGAUAGAAUUGGCAUCACAAAAAACAGUGACAGAUUUCAAAAUACUGUCAUCCUCAGCUGCAGUUUAUGCAUCAGGACAAAUUAUGAAAAAGUCUGAAGCUGCAGUGGAAGAAAACAGCAUCUCCUUUCAAGACAUCUUUCAAAGGUGUAAAUCAGUAGUUACCGCAGAUGAGGUUUAUGAAACACUGUCUCAGGUUGGAUUUCAAUAUGGUUCCAUGUUCAGACAGUUAAGUGAUGUAUUUUAUUGUGAAGAGCUAAAGGAAGCUAUAACCAGCAUAAAGGUGAACAAAGAGACAAGAGAAGAGAUGUCUGACUAUUGUAUCCAUCCAGUGCUGUUAGACUGUUUUCUACAGAUGACCGCUGUCAUGACAACAAUAACUUUCCAAACCAGAGCAGGCUUUCCUUCUGGCAUAGGCAGCCUUGUAGUUUUCAGACCUUUGGAGGAGGAAAUGAUGAUAUAUUUGAAAACAAGCAAAUCGACUGGGAACUACUUAGAGGUUUGUGGAUGCUUUGCAGAUAAACAUGGCUCUGUUUUGGCAGAACUGAAACGUGUUGGGAUCACCUUUAUGAAGCCAACAUCCCCCAGAGACAACGACUUUCUCUUUGAAAAUAAGUGGAAAGAAAUAUUUCCCACUCAGACCAUAGGAAGUUUAGGGGAAGCACCCAGAGUCAUUGUGUUUGCUGACAAACUUGGAAUAGCUCAGCAGCUCAAAAGAUACUUACACAAUGAGUCAAGAUAUGUUAUGUAUGAAGACUGGGACACAUUGCUGGAAGCCAAGAGUUCAGAAAUGUCCGCACAACAUAAAAUGAAAAAGGAGCUUGAAGACUACCAGGAAGUUUUGUUCAUGUGGGGAAUUCAGAAGUUAAAUGACGAGUUCCCAAGCAAAUUGGUGGCACAUUUAGCUAAGUGUUGUGAGGUUUAUCGCCAAAUUAUUGUGGCAUUAAGAGAGAAAAAAUCCGGUUGUUCAGUUAGAAUAAUCACCUACAGAACAACAGAUAGAAAUGUAGAUCAUCUUAACCCUGGAUUUGCUUUGUGUGGCAUGACGAGAACCUGCAUAGUUGAAGUUUCAGAAAUCACAUUUCAGAUGAUUGACAUCAGCUCUUCGAGUACACUGGACAUCUCAGCCUUAGCAGAUGUUAUUGUAAAGUAUGAAGGACAGGAUCAUCCAGAAAUUUGGAUCAAUCAAGGAAGAAUUUACACUUCGGAAAUCAGACGCACACCAUUUAAAGAUGUGGAUUACAGUCAACCUUCAAAGUCUCUUCAGAACUCAGAGACAUUCACUUUAUACACUACAGAUCCUUACCAAGUGAAAGAUUUAUCUGCUGAAAUAGCCAAUAAUACCAUUACUCAGCUUGCAAAUCACAGUGUUGAAGUUCAAAUGGAUAAAGUAUGCAUCCAUUCAGAAGACUAUUUUCCUGUUAGCGUUUCAAGCUGUAACUUUGGGAAUACAUUGUAUUGGAAUUCAUAUACAAUAGACAAACAUAAGCUUUUAGCUCUGGACUUCAGUGGCACAGUAACUGCAGUAGGCAGUGAAGUGAAAAAAGUUAAGGUGGGAGAUCAUGUGGCUUCAUGUUAUCCAGUUGUUGCAUCAUCAAGAGUCAAGGUUCCAGGGACAGUUUGUUUCAACAUCAAGAAGUUUCCAUGCUUUCGAAAUGUACCUUGUGUGUCAUACUUUAUGGUAGCAUGGGAAAUUGUAAAUCAAACAUUACCGAAGGUGAAACACAGUGGGACUUUAGGUAUUACUUCUACUGACCCAGAGUCAGUGUUAUGCAAAGUGCUCACUCUGACAGCACAGGAAAUGGGCUGGAAAACAGUACUUGCAAAACCUACGUCUGAUGAGUGGCAACGUGUAAAUCAGUGCAAUGCCCUUGUUUAUCUACCUCCAGUAGAUGGAAUGUCUAAGGAAGUUCUAGUCCGUCUUUCCCAUCUCCGAGACCUUGUUUUAGUACAUGAUAAUCAACAGUCUGAAUGUUUUCGAUACCUUAUUGGAAGUGAUCAAGAAAACAUUCGUGUUCAUGUACUGAAACUUUUCAGUAUCUUUCAGAAAGCAUCUCUGAAACAAUCCCUAAGGGCUGUCCACAGAUGGAUCAAAUCAAUGCAAAUGAAACAAUUUAAAAACCUAUCAUAUUCUGUUUUUCAGCAGACUGAGGACAUUGAAAGUACAAACAUUGCAGCGACCUCCUAUUUCACCUGCAAAUCUAUCCCACUGGCUGUGCUGAAAGGGGAUGUGGCGACCAACAGGAUUUCAGACAUACCAGUAUAUGAAGCAGAGAAGAAAAUGUUUAAGCAGAAUGCGGUUUACAUAGUGGCAGGGGGGCUCACUGGGCUUGGAUUUGAAACUGUGAAAUUUAUAGUCCAGAACGGAGGGGGCUGUAUUGCAAUACUUUCAAGGAGCAAUCCAAGCAGUGAGAAGCAAGAAGAAAUCAAGGCUUUGCAAAAUCAGUGUGAAGGGAGCAGAAUAGUCAGUUUGCAGUGCAAUGUUAUUUCUCACUUACAGGUUGAGAAAGCUAUCAGUUCAAUUGACAGAAUCUUUCCAAAGAGCCCAAUCAAAGGUGUGUUCCAUAGUGCUGUGGUUCUGCAUGAUGGACGUCUUGAAGCUCUGAACUUAUCUCACUUUGAGAAAGUGUUAAGUCCCAAAGUUGCAGGGGUAAUAAAUCUCCACCGGGCUACCCUAGGGCAGGAACUUGACUAUUUUGUGUGUUAUUCCUCUGUGACUUCAUUUCUUGGAAAUUCAACACAAGCCAACUAUGCUGCUGCUAAUUCUUUCCUGGAUGUUUUCUGCCACUACAGGAGGAAUUGUGGACUUUCAGGACAAUCCAUUAAUUGGGGUGCCUUGAAUCUUGGCUUAUUGCUAAAUCAAAACAACAUUCAAACUAUUUUGGAAUCCAAAGGCAUAGAUAUUCUGCAGGUACAUGAAAUUUAUGAAUAUCUUAAAAAAAGCUUAAUUCUGAAUAAUCCUCAGCAAGCUGUAGUAAAAUUAAAUUUUGGAACACUAAACACUUAUGUCCUUUCUCGCUUUGCAUCACUCAGAAGUCGCUUCCGUACACUCAUUUCAGAAGAAUUCGGCAGCAAGCUCGAGCUAUCUGAACAAGGAACCCCUCAGAAUUUAUCUCCAGUCAAUUCUGAAGAUUAUAUCACCUCACUGGUGAGUUAUCUCAGUAGUACAAACGCGAGUGAUCUUACAAUGAACACAUCACUUGCAUCACUGGGCAUGGACUCUAUGUUAGCCAUGACGCUACAGAAUCGUAUCUUUCAUGAAAGAAGGGUGGAGAUCCCCCUUGUGAAACUACUUGAUCCUCACACAACUAUGUCAAGUUUAGCACGACUUUUAGAAGAAAGUUCUAAUGAAUGUGGGUCACUUGAGAAAACUACUCAUGUAGCAGAAAGUAUUGAUGAUGGAAGCUGGUUAUAGGAACCCAUUUCAUGUAGUAAUUUGGUAACUUUGGAAUUACUAGGACCCUAGUGAUUUUUCAAAACAAUCAUCAUACACUUUGGGUAGAGUAAAGCUUUGAAUGAUAAUAAGUUAGUUGUUUACCGCCAAACCAGCUUAGUUUUGGUACUGCACUUUACUCAUACCUUCUGUAUGUAGCACACUUUUUUUGUUAACUUGUAUUAGUAAAAAUACAGUAAAUUGAUGUAUAUACAUCUUUAUUUUGCAGAUUUGUAUA